UCGAGAACGGGUACAAGCAAGCAGUAAUAUUGGUGAGAGUUCUAUUCGCUUACAACAGUUCGUCAAAUACUAUUACGUGGAGUGAGACGAGGCUUCACGGCACGGAUAUUUUCCACGAGUGGCUUCCUUUCUGCUGAUACAGCAGGAAAAAUACUACUGUAAUAAUUGAACAUCAUUAGAAGAAAAUAAAUCAGUAAAAAUGGUAAAAGAAACUACAUUUUAUGAUGUGUUGGGUGUAAAACCUGGAUGUACACAAGAAGAUUUAAAGAAAGCUUAUAGAAAACUUGCACUGAAAUAUCAUCCUGAUAAAAAUCCUAAUGAAGGAGAAAAAUUUAAACAAAUUUCACAAGCAUAUGAAGUUUUGUCAAAUCCUGAAAAGAAACGAAUUUAUGAUCAAGGUGGAGAACAAGCUUUAAAAGAAGGAGGAGCAGGUGGCAAUGUAUUCUCUUCACCACGUGAUAUAUUUGAUAUGUUCUUUGGUGGAGGUUUAGGAGGAAGAAGUGGUCGCAGGAGAGAACACAGAGGACAAGAUGUUAUACAUCAAUUAUCUGUAUCAUUGGAGGAAUUGUAUAAGGGAACUGUCCGCAAAUUAGCAUUACAGAAAAAUGUUAUUUGUGAUAAAUGCGAAGGUAUCGGUGGAAAGAAAGGUUCUGUGGAGCAAUGUUCAACAUGUCAUGGUUCUGGCAUGCAAGUUCAAAUACAACAAUUAGGUCCUGGCAUGUUACAACAUUUACAAACUAUAUGUGUAGAUUGCAAAGGUCAAGGGGAUCGCAUAAAUCCACGUGAUCGUUGUAAACAAUGCGGUGGUAGAAAAACUAUUAGAGAUAGAAAAAUUCUGGAAGUUCAUGUUGAUCCAGGUAUGGUACAUAAUCAGAAGAUCGUCUUUGCUGGAGAAGGUGAUCAAGAACCAGACUAUGAGCCAGGAGAUAUUGUUAUUCUUCUUGAAGAAAAAGAACACGAAGUUUUCAAACGUUCGCGUCAUGAUUUAAUUAUGAGGAUGCAAUUAGAACUUGUAGAAGCUUUAUGUGGAUUUCAGAAAGUUAUUCGCACUUUAGAUGGAAGAGAUUUAGUAAUAACCUCAUAUCCUGGAACUGUUGUAAAGCACGGAGACUUAAAGUGCAUUCUAAAUGAAGGAAUGCCAAUUUAUAAAGAUCCUUUCACACAUGGCAGGCUUAUAAUUCAAUUUGUAGUGAAUUUCCCGAAAUCUAUGGACCCUUCCGUCAUUCCAACACUUGAACAAUGCCUACCACCAAGAGAAGAAGUUAUAAUUCCAGAAGGAGCGGAAGACUGUUCUCUUAUGGAUUUGGAUCCAGAACAAGAAGUAAGGCGAAGAGAACAACGAGAAGCGUAUGAGGAAGACGAAAGAGGUUCUUCAGGUGUCCAAUGUGCCACAAAUUAAUUCAAUUACAUCAGUCUCACAAUAAAUAUGGUCAUUCUUUCAUUUUAAACUUUUGUCCCAUUCGCUUGAUUCUGAACCAUAUGUUAUUAACAGAAGAAUGAAAAAAUGCGGACAUAUAACAAAGUUUUUCAAGACAGAUGAAAAGAAUCUGAGAAAAAUGUUUAGAUAUGUGCACGACUGUGAAAGCUACGACUACAGAAUCACUAAUGAUACUAAUAUAAAGAUCAUUCAUAAAUAUUGAAUUGUAUAGGAAACCUUUAAUGCUGUUGAUGGUACAUUUAUUAUCUUUCUUCUAAAUUAAAUUAUAAAUUCUGGUGAAAACUGGUAAACUGAUUACAAAUUAGUUCAUUGCUUGCUGUAGAGAAGUAUUUAAAAAAAUGUACUUAUCAUUAAGAAAAGUGAUAAGUAAAGCUGACUUUACCCAACAUCUAAUGCAACAUCGUGUAUCGUUAAUAGUGAACAUAAUCAACUAUAUCAUGUAACGCUGAACAUUCUGAUUAUUUUCUGCUAUUUGUGAAUUUCUUUCUAUUUAACAAUUUUCGAUACUGAUCGAUACGCGCAUACUAAAUGCUAGAAAUAAAGUUAGACAGUCAAAUUAGUA